CUUUCUAUUGUCACUGCUUGAAUCCAGUUUUUACGUCAAAACUGAGUUCGUAACAAUAACAAAGUGUAUUUAUUUUUAAAAAAAUGCCUUUUGUGGCCAAUGUAAAACAGCAACGGCAUAUUCUCAAAAAAAUAUGGCAUCAUUUUAAUCAUUCACAGCUAGUCAAGUGUCGAUUUUUCACCACCGCACCCAGCAUAUUUUCUUUACAGAAUUGCAAUUUAUUACAUCAUCGACGCGUCUCAUCAAAAACACAAUUUGCCGAAUGCACUCAAAAUAAAAGCCAACUAUUUGUUUUCCAUCACGAAUGGCCGGAUGACGUUCGAAUGGAAUUGUUACAAGACAUGAUUGUUAUUGAAAAUUUUGUAACGGAACGAGAAGAACAGCAAUUAUGUGCCGAAGCGGAAAAAAGUAUGAAGAGAAUGCGAUAUCAAUAUGAUCAUUGGGAUAAUGCAAUUCAGGGAUAUCGAGAGAGAGAAAAACUUGAUUGGUCAGAAGAGAAUGCGAACGUUAUCGAACGUUUGAGAAAUAAAGCAUUCACUGAAAAUGUUAUACCACAAGUGCAUAUCAUCGAUUUGGCUGCCGAUGGAAUAAUUAAGCCACAUGUAGAUAGUUCACGAUAUUGUGGCAAUACGAUUUCUGGACUUAGUUUACUCACCGAUUGUAUUAUGCGAUUGAAACGAGUUGAUGAAAAUGAGUACAAACAAAAUACAUUAGAUGAAGAUAAAUAUGGUAGCGAUGAAACAACACAAAAUGCAAAUCAAAAAGAGAAACGUGAAUUUAAUUACUUUGCAGAUAUUUUACUUAGAAGACGAUCAUUGUAUAUUAUGAAAGAUUCAGCACGUUAUAAAUUUUCCCAUGAAGUUUUACCUACAAAAUCCAAAUUCCUCGAAAACGAAAUUGUUAAAGACCGUAGGAUUUCAAUUAUUUGCAGAAAUCACACUUAAUUUAUUUUCAUUUUUAAAAAUUAUUUUGAAAUAUAAUUAGGAUUAUCCCUUUAGCCAUUGUUGUAACAUUUUUUUAUGAUCCUUUUUAUUACCUGAAAUAUCAAUUCAAUAAAUGUUUAUUAGAUACAAA